GCAAUAUCUGCACGUGAACCUUGCGAUAUUGUUGAUUUUCUUGGCAUCUCUUGCACUCUAUAAAGAAUGGGGAAGCGUAAGGGAAACACCGGGCUCGGUCGGAGUAUCAUACGAGACCGGUUCGGACCCCGUGGCGCCGGCGGCGGUAGGCAUGGAGAGUCUUACCUCCACACCAGUGAGCUAUCAGACGGAUACGACUGGGGGAGGCUCAACCUCCAGUCUGUAACAGAGCAGAGCUCACUGGACGACUUCCUCGCCACAGCUGCCCUGGCAGGGACAGAAUUUGAAGCAGAGAAGCUGAACAUCAAGUUUGUGAAUCCCGAUGUCAAUGUGGGCCUGCUGACAGAGGAGGAGGAGAAGGAGGUGCAGAAAGCACAAGAGGACAACAGGCAGUACAUCAGCAUCCCCAGAAGUGACAUCAUUGUUCAGAUUGUGGAUGGCAGGAACCCUCUGCUCUUCAGGUGUCAGGAUCUGGAGAAAUAUGUGAAGGAGAUAGACAAAGACAAGAUGAACAUGAUCCUAGUGAACAAGGCUGACCUGCUGACGGAGACACAGCGCCGUGUCUGGGCCGAGUACUUCGGCAGUAGAGGGGUCAAGGUUGCCUUCUGGUCAGCCAUGGAGGAGACGGACAGACAAGGGGCAAAGGAUUUAGAAGAAGUUGCAGAACAUCAAGAAGUAGUAGAGGAAGAUGAUAUGGAGGAGGGAGGAACAGAAGAAGUGGAGGAGCCUGAUGAUGAAGACAUGGCAUCUUCAGACUCUGAGAGACAUCAGGAGUCAGAAGAUCAUAUCAGGACUUCACCAAGUGAAACAGAACUUGUACAAGAACUACAAGAUGUACAAGUCCUGGACACUGAGAGACCAACUGUUGUAGGUGUAGAUCAGACUGUUUCAAAUGAUCCUCAGCCAAUCAGAGACAGAGAAGAGGCAGUUGCUAGGCAAGAAGAUGAGGAGGAGGAUGUGCAAACAGCAGAUUCUAUAGAAGACCACUCUGCACUGCCUGACAGUUCUGUAGAACAGCAUAGUGAUGGUAACAUGGAGGCAACACAAACUGAGGAACAGUUAACACAGGAAACAGUACCUCUGCAAACAGGAUCUGUUGAUAGAGCUACAGCAUCCAGUGAGCAGCAGAGGGACAACUGUUCUGUAGGGAAUUCUGUAGAACACGCUGUACAGAACAGCAGUGUUCUGCUGACUGGAGAGGAGCUGUUGCAGCUGUUCAAGGACCUAAGUCCACAGGAGACCCAGGAGGAAGGAGUGACUACUGUAGGACUGGUUGGGUACCCCAAUGUUGGGAAGAGUUCCACCAUUAAUGCACUCCUGAAGUGUAAGAAGGUUCCUGUGUCUGCCACACCAGGGAGAACCAAACACUUCCAGACCCUGUACGUGGAUGAGACCCUACUGCUGUGCGACUGCCCUGGUCUAGUGAUGCCCACGUUCGUGUCCACCAAGGCGGAGAUGGUGGUCAGCGGCAUCCUGCCCAUUGACCAGAUGCGAGACCACCUACCCCCAACCAGCCUAGUGUGUCGUCACAUCCCUCGCCAUGUGCUGGAGCGUACAUACGGAGUCAAUCUGCCUGCACCUGCAGAGGGGGAGGACCCAGACAGACUACCAACGGCUAAUGAACUUCUCAAUGCGUAUGGAGCCAUGCGAGGUUUUAUGACAGCCCACGGACAACCUGACACACCCCGAUCCGCCCGCUACAUACUCAAGGACUACGUCAAUGGUAAACUGUUGUACUGCCACCCCCCUCCCGGAGUUGAUCCUGAGGAGUUUCAGAUCUGGAAUGACCAGUCGACAGGGCCAGCAAGCACGGAUGGACACAAGCACAGCACAAGCAAGGCACAGCAGAAGACCAAAGGUCACCAGCCUGCACCGAUGAGCAAAGUGGACAAGGAAUUCUUCAGCAAGCACAAUGUGCGUGCAAUCACAAAAGGUGCUCAGGUCCCACAGGCAAGCAACCAGUCAACCAAUCAUCAGUCUCUUUCCGGAAAGCCAUGGAAAAAACACUUUAACAAGAACAAGAAGGAGAAAGCAAGAAGGGUCUUCAAGCACCUGGAUGAAUAGAUGAGAUAGAGUUUGUACAAAUGUAGUACUAGUACAAAUGUAUGUAUCUUCAGCACUCCAUUUUCUAACUCAUAAUGCUACAUCUUACAGUUAUCAACUUCUAUGCACACGUGAAAAUAACCAGUGUGGUACUGUACAAAGUAAAUGAUGAUAGCU